GGGUCAAAAUAGAAAAGAUCGAUCUCAGCCCCCUCCCACCCCGUUCUCUCUCUCGUGCUCGUUGCUGCGCGCCACCGAGGCUUAGGGUUGGAGUUCUACGUGUUGGCUGUGGAUCUAUGGCGGCGGCGGACAACGGCGGCGGUAGCGGUGGCGGCUCGGGGUCCCUCGAGACCCGGCCAGGGGUUCUCCUCGUCGGUUCCCCAAACGUUGGGAAAAGAACCCUCUUUUCACGAUUGCUUUCAAUUGAGUUUCCAGACACAUCCGACUUGUCAACAGGGGUCUUUUGUCAAGGGUGGACGAUUGACACUAAAUAUUACACUGCUGAUCUCUCUAUAUGGACAGCUCAUCUUGAUGAAGAGUUCUCAUUUAGAUCAUUGCCUAUUUCUAAGCAGCUGGAUGCCUUAGUGAUGGUUUUUGACAUGAGUGAUGAGUCCUCUUUUGUUGCCCUCCAAGAUUGGGUUGCCAAAACUGAUAUUCAAAAGUUUGAAAUAUUACUAUGCAUAGGAAACAAGGCAGAUCUUGUGACUGGUCACUAUGCCCAUACAGAGUAUAGAAGAUGCAUGCAGAAAUGUGGAGAGUCCAGUAGUGAUCCCCACCCUGAGUAUGUAGAUUAUGGGAUUGAUGAGACUGAAGCUUGUAGCUUACUGGAGAAUGAAGAACCAUCUUUGGAAAUUAGAAAGUCUUGUCUAGACUGGUGCAUCGAACAUAAUAUAGAGUAUAUUGAAGCUUGUGCCUCAAAUGCUGACUUUGAUAAAUGUCUUUCAGUUGAUGGUGAUAUGCAAGGUGUAGAUCGAUUGUAUGGAGCUCUGUCUGCUCAUAUGUGGCCUGGAAUGAUCCUGAAAUCUGGAAACAAAAUAAUAAAUCCAUCCUUAGUUGAGAAAGAAGAGUCCACAGAUGAUGAAUCAGAGUAUGAGAUCGAAUAUGAGGCUUUGUCUCAUGGUUCUGAUGAAGAGUGGAGUGGCUAUAGUGAUGCCGUUGUGACGAGAACGCAUAAUGAAACAGCAGAUGGGAUCAAUCAAGACCCAAAACAUGAAAUGUCUAAUAUUCAUGAAGCAGAAGUUGAAACCUCAUCAUCGACUCCGGCUCCUGGCAUCCCUAGUGUUUUUCCUAAUACUUCUGCCUUAGAAAGAGGAAUUGUAAUACAUGAGCCUAGUGCAGAAAUCAACAUUAUCGAGAACAUAAGGGGCAAGCAAGAGGGAGAAAUAUCUGUAGAACAGAAACCAGGAUCAAAUUUUGAGGAGCAAGAAGAGCUCGGAUCUGAUGUAGUCAACAUCAACGAUUUGGAUGAAGAUGCACAUUAUGGUCUGGAUGAUCUAGAAAGGCUAAUGUUUGAGAUCGGUAACAUGCGAGACAACUUGAGGCUGAUGCCUGAUUUCCAAAGGAGAGAAAUGGCUGCAAACCUAGCUAUGAAAAUGGCUGCCAUGUUCGGAGAUGUCAGUGAUGAUGAAAAUGGGUUAUAAUGUUGUGAAAUGGUUAGGUUUUCCAAAUUCUCACACAAUCAAACGUAUCAUCUUGAAGAUGGUUAACGAUGCCAGUGCCGGGUUUAUCUACAUCAGCUGUUAUGUCAAGCCCAUCUUAUGUCCUAAGGGGUUUGAUUGUUUGUUGAUCCUUGGUUAAUGGCUUGUUAAUUGUCUUCAACGUUGGCUUUGUUUCUUUGAUAGUGGCGGUGUGAUAUGGUUUCCCUUGAUCCUCUCUUUCAUGUGUGUCUCCGGUAUUACACGUUUUUUAGUAGGGGAAUUGGCAACUUGAAUUGGAAUGUUUGUAUGUAGUAGUUGAUCCCAAAUAACUGAAACUUAUGUCAGCAAUAGUA